AUGCACUACAGCACGGUCACCAGAGAGAUGGAAGCCUUCACGACGAGCAGCCUGAGUAGCCUCAAUACACCGGGGAAUUAUCACCUCUCGCCAUCCCCUGGGGACCCGUACGGCCAACAUGAAACCCACUUCGAGCCUUGUCCAGCCGCCCAACACGGCUAUAGCUACACGGGCUCGAACCCGAGCCAGGCCCAGCAGAGUGACACUGGCGCGUCGAACUGUUCUUCGUCGUCCUCGAGCUCCCCGCAAAACAAGACGUUAAUAAAGAAGAACCCCAAAGUGGCCAAUAUUAACGUUCAGCUGGAAAUGAAAGCACUGUGGGAUGAGUUCAAUCAACUGGGGACUGAGAUGAUUGUUACCAAGGCUGGCAGGCGAAUGUUUCCAACAUUUCAAGUUAAAAUAUUUGGGAUGGAUCCUAUGGCUGACUAUAUGCUCCUAAUGGACUUCCUACCAGUCGAUGACAAACGAUAUCGGUAUGCCUUUCAUAGUUCUUCGUGGCUGGUAGCAGGUAAAGCGGAUCCCGCUACCCCGGGGAGAGUUCACUACCACCCUGAUUCUCCGGCCAAGGGCGCCCAGUGGAUGAAACAAAUAGUGUCUUUCGACAAACUAAAACUUACCAACAACUUGCUGGAUGACAAUGGACAUAUCAUUCUGAACUCCAUGCACAGGUAUCAGCCUAGAUUCCAUGUGGUCUACGUUGACCCACGAAAAGACAGCGAGAAAUACGCCGAGGAAAAUUACAAAACAUUCGUCUUCGAAGAAACUCGCUUCACGGCAGUCACAGCAUAUCAGAACCACAGGAUAACCCAGCUAAAAAUCGCUAGUAAUCCUUUUGCAAAGGGAUUCAGAGACUGUGACCCUGAAGACUGGCCCAGGAAUCACAGGCCUGGUUCACUGCCAAUAAUCAGUGCUUUUGCUCGAACCCGGAACCCGAUGUCUUCUCCCCCACAGCAGAAUGGCACUGAGAAAGAAGACAAUCGACGGGAAUACGAACGUGACCCCAGUGCCACGCCCAUCCACGCUGACCCCGCCCAUCAGCUGAUGUCACGUGUGCUGAGCCCGGCCCUGCCCGUGCCAGGAGGCCUCCACCCCGUUCCCCUCACAGCCGGGCACAGGAGCCCCCCUCACGAGCUUCGGAUCGAGGGUCACCCCCAACCUCCGGACACGCUGCACCAUCACCCCUACAAAUACCCCACCACGUACGAACACUACUUGGGCACCAAGACUCGACCAUCCCCCUAUCAGAUACCAGGCAUAAGAGGACAUAGCUACCACCCGCAUAUGAACCCAGCGUCGGCCAACAUGUAUUCUGCCACCAGUGGGCCAGCUAACUACGAUUAUGGGCCAAGAUAA